ACCUCAUCUCUAUACCGCUCACACACAGAUACACAAAAAACCAAUCUCUGCAAAAAAAAAUCUAACUAAAAAUUUCAAUUUGUUGCAAGAAAUCACUCAAAGUCCAAUAAAUAGUUAAAUUAAAUGUGCCAAAAACAAAAUUCCACAAAGUGCUAACGUGAUUAUUCAAUAAAAGACUGUUGGCAGAUAAAUAAAUCUGUGCAAGUGCAGCACUCAUAAAUCAGAACCAGAAAAAAACAAAUCGUAAAAAUGGUUGAAGACAACAAGAACUUUUUUUUUUAUUUGAAAUACCAACACCAUGGUCAUGUUAGACAAAUCAACAAAAAUAUCAUGGAAUAGUGGUGAUGUGUGUGGUUUAGAGCGAACAUUAAUUCUAUAAACAUUUUACUAUUUUCGUUGGUUUUUCUGUGCGAAAUUACACGAUGAAACGUAAUCUGAAUAUUCCUUUAAAAUCACAUUAUGCUGGAAAACGCAGUCGAUGUAGCGGUGAAUAAACGUCUACUUUAAAUUAUAUUAUUGUACUGAACGAAAUGUACGGGUCGAAAAUGAUUAUCAGACUGCAGUAUUGGCAUAGCAGUAUUAUUAUUAUUUUGUACAUUGUGCAACACAUUGCAGCUACAAAUAAUGUAUUCAAUAGUUUUGUUCCUAUAUACCUGAGUGAAAACAGUAAAUCUAAUAGUAGUCAUAGUCUUUAUGUUAAUGCAUCUGCAAUAUCAGCAGAUUUAUCCAGUAGCUAUAAUCAGUCUAGCAGCUUAAUUUUUAAGAAACCCAAAGUGCCUUCACAAUCGAAUGAUGCUUCGUUUCACAAUAUACUUGAUCUGACGGGUAAUUUGGAGAAGAGAUUGAAAAGCAUCAGAAACAAUGAACUGGACAUACCGAUCAUCCAGGAAAUGUUUGAUACAAUGGAAUUCAGUCCGAUUGUACGUAAUGACACCAAGGCUGCAUCCGAUAUGGCCAAUAGAAUUACGCACAAAUUGAACAAAGCCAUACGAAUUCUGAAUCAGACGAAAGAAUUCAUCGACACCAAUACGGACGGACUGGGCGAGAAAAUCAUUUUGCACACAAUCGUCCAUCCGUGCCCGUAUGACGAGCAGAGUUUGCAGUAUGACAAGAGUCAGAUUGAAAUCAAAAACUAUCUGAAAAAUGUGGGAAAUUUUGCCGAUCAGGACGAUCUCAAUUUUACAAUCAAUUCGGAAUUGUUGGAAAAAAUGCGACAGUACAACGGAAAUGUGGAGAAUUUUAAACAAAUUUAUUUCAUCUCGAAAAACGAUUAUGUCAGCGAAUACAAUUGCCAUUUUCACAGUGCCAACAUUCACUUGCGAUACAUAUUUGCAUCAGCCAUCAGAAACAAGCAUUUAGUUCUGUUGAUUGAUCAUGGUAGUUCCCUGAAAGCGGAUCAACUGGAUCUCACAAAAGCAUUUGCAACAAACAUAGUGAAUAUGUUAACUGAAACCGAUCGGAUCAGUAUUAUAGCCAUCUCCGACAAAUCUUCCCGAUUCAUCGACACGAACGAUGAGUCUCAAGUAGCCAAAAUGUACACAGCCUCCAUAGAUAAUAAAGUGCAAAUAUUUAAAUUUAUUGACAAUUUGAAUCGAUCGAAAGAGAUCACCAAUCAUACACUGGGCUUCCAGUAUUCGUUUAGUUUGCUUAGAGAAAUUUAUGAAAAUUCGGAUGAUCACUUUAACAAGAAUGUACCUGUAUUCAUGGUCUAUAUCAGCCGGGGACUAUUGUCGCCGCUGAACGAGGCCAGAGCUGUGUUGGAAGCGAUUUCUCAGGGUCAGAGACUACUCAAGUAUCCGGUUUUGAUCAACACAUGUGCCAUAGUAUUAGAUGAGAAACGUGUCAUGUACGAGAAACAAUUUUUAAACGAUGUGGCCCGACAAAAUUACACAAAGUACAAUAUUGAUGUCAGCGAUUGGAUACAUAAAAUCGACUACGAUUUGAUGGGUUCAAUGUUUACGGUGAAUAAACGUUAUCCGGAUGAUGUUGUGAAAAAUGGUGCGGCUGUUUUCAGUAAAUGGUUUAGAAGACCAUAUCUCGAGAAAAAGAUGAUUGCCCAUCUGCCGAUUGCCAUAGAGCCAAACCUGAAGGAUAUGAUUGUUCCUCUGACAAAAACUUAUUCGGAUGUUGGAAUCGUUGGAAUUGAUUUGUAUUUAAGCGAUUUAGUCGAGGACGUCGUCAGUUACAACAAAUACGAAGAUUCCUAUGCAUUCAUCAUUGAUAUCAAUGGAUUUACCAUCAUGCAUCCGUCGUUUCCGCGACCCACAUCAAUUCUAUCGAAUAUCUAUUCCAUCGAUAUUCGACAUUUGGAACAAAUUGCCGAUUUUCGAUCGGUUUACGAAAAAAUGCUAUCGCUUCGACACGGUAGUGAGACAGUGAGUGGAAAUGUGGAUGGUGUUAAGACAACAAUCAGCUACACGUGGCACAGAGCGUCUGAGUUUUACAUUGUUUGUGUGGCUUCUUAUCGCAAUGUUACCGUUAAAAUACCGCUACACAUCAGCCAUUUAGGAAUUGACUACUACCAGAACAGCGACAAUGUGUUGGUCAUUGACAAUUUAAUUCCGGAACUAGUUUAUCAUCGUUUAGACUUAAUGCCUGUGCAGACUACACUGUGUCGACAUUUCAAGCAAAUAGCUACCAUGGAUAGCGUAACAUUGUUCCUGAGCCCAUCGUCUUUCACAUCACCAUAUGUCUACCUGAAAAAUAAUCGCGAUGCAAGCCUAGAAACCCGCACGCACAACGCCAAAAGCAUAAUGGCAUACAUCAAGGACACCACAAAUUUACUGGCGAAUCCAGGACUGUUACCUCAAAUACGGAACGAUGUUACAGCCGUCUUUCAUGCCAUGUCGAUCCUCAAGAAGCGGCACACCGAAAGCGGUGAAUUCCGGAAAUAUAUCAUCCGUCGCUAUGUUGCCAGCAUGAACGGUGUCGUGCAAGUGUAUCCCGGCUGCUUGUUGAAUUACGAUUUCGAGACACUGCGCCGUCCAUGGUUCAUGAAAGCAGUUGAGUGGCCGGGAAAAAUCGUCUUGACCGAACCGUAUCUUGACGCUGCCGGUGGCGGAUAUAUUAUAACAAUGGCCCAUACCAUACUAGAAGGAAAAUCGAAUGCUUUGCACAAUCCUAGCGAUUCAGUUGUGGCAGUAGUUGCAGUUGAUAUGACAUUGGGGUUCUUUUACAAACUGCUGCUGCAGUCAGCAAGUUUUUGUUCGGAUGAAAAUGUGAAAUGUUUUAUGAUUGAGGACAAGGGUUUCCUACUGUCACAUCCAAGCAUUUUGGAACCGUACACGUUGAACGGUAAAAGUACCCGCCGACCAUUAGAACAUAUAACGCACAAGGAAUCGUACAUGGCCAAUGACAUCUUGUACCACAAAAAUCUCGUACAGAAGAAACUGUGCACCAAUUUUCUGAAUCGCACCAACCAACGUUACUUCCAAUUCAAUGUAUCAUUGGGCGAGAUUUUGACGAACCGAGUGCAUGGCGAACGAACAAAGUAUCAAAUAACUUCGAUUCCCGGCACAAACUUAUUCAUCAGCCUCUUGAAUUCAACGAACGAUAGCGGAACAUCAUCGGCCUUCUGUCCGUGCAGUACGUUGGACCGCAUAUGCUUGAAUUGCAACCGAAUGGAAUUGACAAACUGCGAGUGUCCAUGUGAAUGUCCGCUGGUGUAUUCGUUGAUGUCCUACUCGAAUGCCACUUACAAUCCGCCGGAUAUUUGUCACAUGCAAUCCGAAUCGUCAACGGUGGAAUUUUCAAUGUCACAGGAUUUGAUCGAAAUGGAUUUGAAGGCAUGUGUGUCGGUCAAUUGUGAGUCGUAUUUGACGCAGAUGGACUGUUUGGGGCUAAUGGGCUGUGAGUGGUGUAUGGUUGAUAUGGACGGUGAAGCAUUUACACCGUUUUGCACGCAGCAAUCGUCAUGCUUCAAUGGUGUAUUGGGCUCAAUGACUCCGUACGGCGAUGGCGAUUUAGGAGUUCCCAUUGUCGAUCCUAUAGUACCACCAUACUCAACUAUCGGGCCUGUAACUGGGUCCAUUAUUGUGUUAUGUUUGGUGAUCGGUUUUGCCAUGUACUGCUAUCGUCAGAAUUUAGACUCAGUCAACGAACAGCUUUACGCCAACUCAAUUCCUGAAAACAAUUACGGAAUGCCAUUGUCUCGCUUGGAUUACGAUGACAUCAGUCCACACGAGGACGGAGAUUUGGGCGGCAACAGCCUCAAUCGCAAUUUACUGCGACCGUUGACCGUGCCAGACAUUUCACCGUAUCGCAUGAAUGCCGGCGUAUACCGACCGCCGAACGUUGAAUCCGAUCACGGCUACUCUACAAUGACACCGCGCGAAGACUCCGAACACCUAUGCUUUACACUGGCGGAACCGUUGAUAAACAACAAACGUAUUUCCAUGUCCGACUCGGCAUCGGUAAAUACGUCCGUGUCCAGCCCGACGAAUCAAAAUUAUUUUAUAGCAAUCGAUAAGCCCAAAAUGCCAAUGCAAGAAAGUACAAUAUUGAUGACACCUUCGCCGCACCAUAUACAAGCAUCCGUUACGGUACAUCAUCCGAUGGAAGCGGUGUGAAGAGAGAGAGAGA